AUGGGGAACCUGUUACACAUCCUCAAAGUGAUCAAGAACAACAAGUAUCAAGUCAGACACAAUUUCCAACAAUCAGAGUCAAAGAGACGACAGGAGGAACAGAUGGACAUCAGUUCCCUUGCUGACUAUUCCAGUCAACUGCUCACAGCUGUAAAGUUGCUGCAACUGUUCCUUUGCACACACGCAACAGAAAUCGCGGGUUUUAAGCAAGGAUUAUCACCCGUAUCAACUUAUUAUUCUAAGCUCAAGGAUCUGUGGGAUGAGUACGAUGCUAUGGCCCCUACUCCAUCGUGUCCGCGUCCAGAAUCGAAGGUGUUUCUAGAGCACAUUCAACAUCAGCGUUUGGUGCAAUUUCUAAGUAGACUGAACGAGUCAUUUGGCCGAGCAAAGGGUCAGAUCAUGCUUAUGAUUCCUACACCUACUAUCAAUGAGGCCUAUGGGAUGGUAGUUCAGGAUGAGAGUCAACGAGCAAAGACAAUGAACAUUAGUGGCUUGGAGAUAGGAGUUGCAGCUAUGGCAUACAACUCAGGACAAGGAUUUCCUGGUGGCUACAAGCAGAAAGCUCAGGUUGACUAUUCCAAAGGACCAACAGGCCAAGGAAGUCCUGGAGUAGCAACUUCAGGGAACUUCUUCACAGAGGAACAAUAUAAACAACUACUUCAACUGCUCAACCAGAACACAACACCUGUUGAAAUAGCAGCUCAUGCCAAGGACACAUGUAUACCAUUGUCACUCUUGAGCAGAGUUCAGCAGGAUAAGUGGAUCAUAGACUCAGGUGCCACUAACCAUAUGGUGUCUAGUUUGGAUUUUUUCACUGAUUUUAUAAAUAUUCCUAAAGGAGAAAGUAGGAAAGUGCAGUUGCCAACUGGUGAAACUAGUAGGAUUAUGCACCUAGGAUCCUCUAAUAUUCUGAAUGGUGUGCAAAUUAAAAAUGUCAUAUAUGUGCCACAGUUUAGGUACAACUUACUAUCUGUUUCACAACUUACAAGGGACAUUGGAUGCUUCAUUGCCUUCUUUCCUGCUUGGUGUGUCUUCCAGGACAUUUGCAAUGGGAAGGUGAAGGGGAUUGGUAAGCUGGAGAAAGGACUCUAUGUGUUGGACCUCAAGCACAAAUCAAAUCCCAAGUUGCCAAUUGGUGUUAUUACUUCUGCUUUAGUAAUGAAUAGAAUAAGUAGCUAUUUGUGGCAUAAAAUAUUAGGUCACAUUCCUUUAGAUGCUUUGAAGAGAUUACCAGUAUUUCACAAUAAGACAUUUAUUGAUUGUAAUGAACACUGUCCAGUAUGUCCUUUAGCAAAGAAGACAAGAUUACCUUUUCCUAUUAGCAGCAGUAGAUGUGAUGUUUUUGGUGACCUUAUACAUGCAAAUAUAUGGGGACCCUUUAAGGUUCCAACUUUUGAUGGUAAAAGAUAUUUCCUGACCAUUAUUUAUGAUUUCAGUAGAGUUCCUUCUAGAAUUUUGUCUGGUAAAUUACCUUUUGAGCUGGUAUUUCACAAGAAUUUCACCCUAGAUCAUCUCAGGAUAUUUGGCUGCCUGGCUUAUGCUGCAAAUCUUAAAAGACAACACAAAUUCUCACCCAGAGCAGUACCAGCUGUAUUUUUGGCUCCAGUCUAUGAUUCUGACUUUGAUGAUCUUGUUUUGCCUCUACCUCACCACUCUACCACAUCACAAGACACUCCAUCAUCUGACUUGGAACACCUGGAUGAUUCUGUUGUUGUCACUCCACCACAUAUUCCACUCACUGAAGAUCUUCAAGGUAGUUCUACCAGUCACACUACUAUGCUUCCAUUUCCUGAUGAUCUUCCAAGUAGUCCUACCAAUCACAUUACUCCAAUUCCAUUCACUUAUGCUCUUCUUUCAUAUGUUGAUGAUGACUUAACUGCUGAUGGGAUCAGAAAGUCUACUAGGCCUUCUAGGCCUCCUAUAUGGACGAAUGAUUAUGUAGUUAGGCAGACUGCUGGCAAGAGUAAGCCUUGCAAUUAUCCUAUUGCUAACUCUAUUAGUUAUCAAGCAUUGAAGCAUGCCUACAGUCAAUGCCUUGCAGCUUACUCAGCAGAGAUUGAGCCCAUCAGGACCAUCAUUGCCCUAGCUGCACAUCAUGGCUGGCUUAUCUACCAAAUAGACGUUCAUAAUGCCUUCCUUCAGGGUGAUCUUUUGGAGGAAGUGUACAUGACCAUUCCUCCUGGUUUCUCUCCUACCACUGCAAGGCAGAGCAGAUUUACAGAGAUUCUUCAAAAUGAAGACCUAGGGGAGCUGAAAUUCUUCCUUGGGAUUGAAUUUGCAAGGUCCUCUAAAGGCACAUAUAUGAGCCAAAGAAAAUAUGCCUUGGAGUUGAUAGCUGAACUUGGUCUAGCAGGAUCAAAACCAGCUAGUACUCCUCUAGAAGUUAAUCAGAAGUUGACUACUGUGUUCAUGUAUGCUCUUAAACAAUCACAUCUGGAUGCUGCCACCAGAGUAGUGAGGUAUAUCAAGGCUGCUCUAGGCCAAGGUUUGUUGUUGCCAGUAGAAAGAGAUGGACAAUUAUUAGCAUAUUGUGAUGCAGAUUGGGGUGCAUGUUUGCACACAAGAAGGUCUGUUACAGGCUAUCUAGUGUUCUAUGGUGAUGCAUUGAUUUUUUGGAAGUUGAAGAAGCAAGAAACGGUUGCAAGAAAUUCAACAGAAGUAGAAUUUCGAAGCAUGGCUUUAGAAGCAGCAGAGAUAGUGUAG